UCCGUACUAUUUUUCUCUACAAGCAUAAUAAUUUUCUUGUGCCUCUGUAGUUAAUACAAAAUGAAGUGUAAUAAUUCUGUUUCUCUUGUCCUAAUUCUCCUUUGCUCUGUCGGCUUACAGUGUCUGAAAGUUGAUGUUGUGUCGGAAAAUGACAACACAGAUAGACUUGCUUUGCUGAAGUUCAAAGAAGGAAUCUCCGGUGAUCCGAAUCAAGUCUUGAAUUCAUGGAAUGAUUCUCUUCCUUUUUGCAGUUGGUUCGGAAUCGCCUGCAGUUUCCGGCAUCAGAGAGUCGUAUCCUUGGUUUUAGAAGGCCAGAAUUUAGUCGGAUCAAUUUCGCCAUACACUGGAAAUUUAAGUUUUCUCAGGGUCAUUAACCUCCAGAACAAUAGUUUACAAGGUGAAGUUCCGCAAGAAGUUGGCAGGUUAUUUCGACUCGAGGAGUUUCUUCUCAAUAAUAACAUCUUACAAGGUGAAAUUCCGAUCAACCUGACAGGUUGCUCUCGUCUCAGGAUGAUUGGUUUACAAGGCAAUAAUCUAUCAGGAAAAAUUCCAGCGCAACUUGGUUCUUUGUUUAAGCUUGAGGUGCUUUCGCUUAGCAGCAAUCAUCUGAGAGGAGAAAUCCCAGCUGCGUUGGGAAAUCUUUCGUUCCUGAAAACAUUUCGCGUAACAUACAAUCGUCUUGUUGGAAUUAUUCCUGAUGAUAUCGGAAGAAGAUUAACAAAAUUGGAGAUUUUCCAUGUUGGAGCCAAUCAGCUAUCUGGUAUAAUCCCUCCAACUAUUUUUAAUAUUUCAUCUCUGAAUGUGCUAGUCUUUACGCAGAAUCGGUUCAACGGGAGUCUGCCAGAGAGUAUAGACCUUCCGAAUCUGACUUUCUUUGGAAUUGGUGAUAACUAUUUAUCCGGGCCAAUUCCAAAUUCAUUAUUCAAUUGCUCUAAGCUGGAAAUAAUCGAUCUUGGUUGGAAUUACUUUGCAGGACAAGUUCCAACAAUUGUAGGAAAUUUGAAGAACUUGUGGAGAAUUAGGCUUCAUGGAAAUGAUCUAGGUAGUAAUUCAAGUAAUGACCUAGCUUUUGUUACCUCUCUGAAUAACUGUACCAAGCUGAAGAUUUUGGAUUUUGGUAGAAAUAAUUUUGGUGGUGUUUUACCCAAUUCUGUUGCUAAUUUGUCGACUGAACUAACUCUGUUUUAUUUUGGGGGCAACGAAAUCGGCGGUGUAAUUCCUGACGGGUUAGAAAAUCUAAUCAACUUGGUAGGACUUGUGAUGAACUAUAACCUGAUCACAGGUAUUGUUCCUUCAUAUUUUGGCAAGUUUCAGAAAUUACAGAUUUUAGAUUUCUUCGGAAAUAGAUUGUCGGGUCAGAUUCCAACCUCCUUGUCGAACCUAACAAGAUUAACUAUGCUCUACUUAUCAAGAAACCUAUUUGAAGGAACCAUCCCUUCCGGUAUCGGAAAUUUGGAAAACCUAAUUGUUUUAGCUAUUGCCCACAAUAACCUUAUUGGAACCAUACCCCAUGAAAUCCUAGGCCUUACUUCUUUAUCACAGGCAAUAGAUUUAUCUCACAACUCGUUAACAGGCAACCUACCACCGGAGAUAGGAAAGCUAAUUAGCCUGACAGCAUUUUUUGUCUCUGGAAACAAUCUUUCAGGUGAAAUUCCUAGAGAGAUUGGAAAUUGCUUGAGCCUGGAAUUUCUUGAAAUGCAAGAUAAUGCAUUCCAAGGAACCCUUCCGUCCUCAUUGACGUCCUUGAAAAGUCUUCAAUAUCUAGAUCUUUCAGGAAAUAACUUGACUGGACGAAUCCCUGAAGGUCUGCAGGACAUGGAAUACUUAAUUCAUCUGAAUCUUUCUUACAAUAAUCUCGAGGGCGAACUACCAACCGAAGGAAUCUUCAGAAAUGCGAGUGCGAUAUUGUUAACUGGAAACAAUAAACUCUGUGGUGGUAUUCCAGAGCUCAACUUGUCAAAAUGUCCGAAAAAGGUGUUGAAAAAAGGGAAGUCUCUCAAUCUUAAGCUAGCAAUCAUAAUUCCAUGUGUAUCUAUAUGUGUAAUUUUUAUCUUAGCCUUUUUUCUUAUGCACCGUAAAAGAAAAUUCGAUAAGGAUUCAUCUUCUUCAUCCUUAAUGAUGAAUCACAUUCUUCCAAAGAUAUCUUACAGAGACCUGUAUAAGGCCACAAAUGGGUUCUCCUCUGAUAAUUUAAUUGGGUCUGGCGGUUUCGGCUAUGUGUACAAAGGAUUGCUAGAUGAAGUUGAAGGACCAGUUGCUGUUAAAGUCCUUAAGCUUGAACAAAAGGGUGCUUCCAAGAGCUUUAUUGCUGAAUGCAAAGUGUUGUUAAAUAUCAGGCACAGGAAUCUUGUCAAAAUGUUGACAUUUUGCUCUAGCAUCGACGAAAAACUUAACGAAUUCAAAGCCUUAGUAUUUGAAUUCAUGGUAAAUGGGAGCUUAGAGAUGUGGUUGCAUUCUGACAGCAGCAGAGGUAAUCAAGCAAGCUUUCUUCAGAGACUAGAUAUUGCAAUUGAUAUUGCAUCUGCAUUGCACUAUCUUCAUGACCUUUGCGAAAGACCAAUCAUUCAUUGUGACUUGAAGCCGAGCAAUGUUCUUCUAGAUGAUCAUAUGGUUGCUCAUGUAUGCGAUUUCGGUCAAGCAACGUUUCUAUCACCUUCCAACGAAUCAUCUCAAAGUCGAUCCGUGACAACUGGAAUCAAAGGAACAGUCGGUUAUGCUGCGCCAGAGUAUGGAAUGGGAUGUCCAGCGUCCAAAGAAGGGGAUGUAUAUAGCUAUGGAAUUCUCCUUCUAGAGUUGUUUUCCAGAAGAAGACCAACCGAUGAAAUGUUCGAAGAUGGUUUCGACUUGAGAGAAUUCGUGAAGGCGGCAUUGCCUCAACAACUAAUGCAAAAUGUAGAUCAUAGACUACUUGCAUUAGAAAUGGAUCAAAGUAAUGCAGUAACAUCAACUGAUCAGAAUAUAAUUGGGGAAUGUGAAUAUACAAAAAUAGAAAAUUUUGUACUUUCAAUUCUCGUAAUUGGUCUUAACUGUUCAUCAAGAUCACCCAGAGACAGAAUGAGCGCAAAAGAUGUCAUUGGACAAUUACAUUUGAUCAAGAAUGCUUUUCUUGAUGGAAGUCCAGCAUAAAUGAGCCGUAAUUGGUGAACUGUUGAGGAAAAUAUUUGGUGUUAAUUUUGGAAAUUGCCAAUUAGCUUUUUAUUAAUCAAACAAAAUCUCUAAACAAGAGAAAAUUGAGAUUUU